CGCAGGCAAGAUGGCGUCGUGGUCACUUCUCGUACUCGGCCUCGUCGCCUUCGCGGCAACUGUCCGCUGCCAGGAGGGCUACGAUGCCUCGCCUACGGUGCAGACAGCACAAGGCACUGUCCGCGGGAUGUCUGCCAUCACGGCUGACGGCACCAAGUACUACAAGUUCCUGGGCAUCCCGUACGCAAAGCCGCCUGUGGGGAACCUUCGAUUUACGGAUCCACAAGAAGCAGAGUCGUGGUCAGGAGUGAAGAACGCAACUAGUUUCGGGCCAAUGUGCUUACAGCUCAGGGGUGGAUCUGAGGACUGCCUGUUCUUGAAUGUCCACUCGCCACAGCUGCCAUCGAAAAACUCCUCCUUGCUGCCCGUCAUGGUGCACAUCCACGGCGGAGCUUUUGUGGGUCGUUCAGGGGACUUCGAGCCAGGGCAGCUUCUUAACUACGGAGUUGUCUUCGUGGGUUUAAACUACCGCCUCAACGUGUUUGGGUUCCUGAGUGUCAGCGACUCAGACGCCCCUGGAAACGCUGGCCUGAAGGACCAGACCCUUGCCUUGCGGUGGGUGCAGAAGAACAUAGCCAAGUUCGGCGGAGACCCGAACAGCGUCACUAUCUUCGGAGAGAGCGCGGGUGGCGCUAGCGUCCACUACCACGUCCUGUCGCCUCUCUCCAGAGGCCUGUUCCACAGAGCCAUCUCGGAGAGUGGUUCUGCCUUCAACCCUUGGGCAUACUACAAGAACACUGAAGAGCGCGCCUACCGCCUGAUCUCCAAAAUAAGGCAGCACGCCAACAACUCUGCAGACCUCCUCAAAAUUUUACGUGCCGCAGAGCCCGCCGAUCUAUUGAAAAACCUAGGGAGAGUUUUGGUUGGGUCAGAGAGGUGGCCUCCGCUGGCAAAUCCCUUCAUACCAUCGCUGGAGUUCCCGAGGAAAGGAGUGCAGCCAUUCCUGCCGCACGAGCCAGCCUACAUCGAGCAGCACGGGUUGUUCAACAAGGUGCCAUACAUAACCGGCUCAGCCGCUCGUGAAAGCGUGUCCUUCAUCGCGGCCAGCAAGCUGACUCAAGAUUCCUACUGGCAGUCCGUCAACGACAACCUGGAGCAGGUGGUCCCAGCCGAUCUGGGACUCGAAAUAGGGUCUCAGCUGUCCAAAGAGGUGGCGCAGAAAGUGAAGAACUUCUACUUCGGCAGCAAAAACAUCUCGUACGAAACUCGUGAGCAGUGGAUAGCUCUGCAGACGGACCUGCUGAUCGCCUUGGGUGUUGUGAAUGCUUUCCACGCCCAAGUCAGGCACUCGACUAGCCACACCUACAACUAUCAGGCCACAUACGGCAGCGCCCAACAUUGCGUGGAGUUUCAGUUCCUGGUCUACAACGGCAAAAUUAAUGGGGAAAGUUCAGACACUGUAAAACUUGCUAGGUUUCUGGGACAAAUGUGGACGAAUUUUGCCAAGACGGGGGUGCCCAGUGCAGAAGGUGAUGUAGUGUGGAAACCAGCCACACAGAAUGGAAGCUAUCCCUAUCUGGAGAUCAAUCUCCCCUCGGCUCUGAAAUAUAAUGUGGAUAAAGAUCGAAUGGACUUUUGGGAGAAAAUUUACAACGAAUACAACAAAACAAACGCCACUUUACUGGCAAAUUGAAGACAAAAAUCCAGGUUUAAAAAUUAUACGUAAAUAAAAAAAUUGAAUAGAGCAUCUAUUCUGCUCAUUUACAAACAAAUACCAAAUUUCUGUUUACUUGUGGAGAAAAAACUUUUAAGUUUGAAAUUAUAGAGCACUGUUUCUGCAUAUAGACGUGUUUGAUUAAAAUUUAACUGUAGUUAUCUUUAGAUGAUUGAAAUAAUUAAUGAAACCAUGUAUUUUAACACAUAUUAUAAUUUUAUGUAACAAUAUUAUUUAACGAAUAAAUUAUUUUAAUUUAGCA